AUGACAUUGCAUUAUUUUGAUUUUGAUAUUUGGUUUUGAAUUUCGGAUAUAAAAUGUAUCAUGAAUAUGUAUACUUAGUAAAUACAUAAUUUGAAGAAAGUUGUUUAGUUCAAAAUCUGUCAGAUUUUAAUUUACAUGUGCUUAUACCCUAUACACUAUGAAUUUUCCAUUGGAAGAUAGUACAACUGAAGAUGUUCCAAAUCUUCUCAAAGCAAUAAUUGAACAGUUAUUAUCGAAAAAGGUUGAGAAAGAUUUAAUGCAAAAAGAUGUUUUUUUCGUGUUAAUUCUCACUUUGAUGUUGGAAAAUGGAUUUAUGCCAGUCAAAUACGAAGCAAGCUCGCUUGAUAGUUCUAGUGAUUUAGAUGUAAAUAAGCUCUCACAAUUAAAAAAAGAAUCGGGCAUUUAUAAAGAAACAUUCCUUUUAAUGGGCUUUCAUGAUGUCACAGUGGAUGUUAUAAUGAGUCCAGUAGGGUCUACUGUUAUUGUUAAUGCCAUAAUAAAUGAUAUAAGCUCAGAAUUAUAUUCUGUUUGUUUGCCUUUAAGCCGCUAUGUUGUUUCAACACAAGCUUCUACAAUCCCUAUGAUGUUUCGAGACUUAAAACAUUUGUCAUGUUUAUUUAAAAGUAAAAUUGUAUGUCCUGUUAAAAAUAGUAUACUUAAUUUCUGUGGUUAUCCAAGUGCCAGUUUGGUAGGAAUACCAGAUGAUAUAUUCUUCAGUUUAAUGAUGUUUUUGAAUGUCCAAGAUAUACUGAAUGUCUCUAAAACCUGUAAAAGGUUAAAUGUUCUAUUAGAGAAUGAUAGUUUGUGGCAUGCAUUAUGUAAAAGGGAUUUCAAGAAUUUUACUGAAAGUGAUCCAUGCGAUUGGAGGAAGAUAUAUGUUGAGGCAUAUAAAGCUGAACAGGAAAAAAAGGUUCCCCGUUUUGCUGGUACCAUACAUGACUUUAUGGACAUUUCUGAUAUGGUUUCAUAUAUUGACAAUCCUUUAUGGGGUGAAAUUAUAUAGAUACAUUCAAUAAAUAAUUUAACUGAU